AACCAGAACUUUUAAGAAUUAUUCUCACAAAUAAUUGUUUAGAUGAAAUUGUAUCACAUGCUGAAAAUGAUAAAAGACUAUCUGAUUCUCUAACAAUAAUAAAAGGAAGAAUAUCAGGUGAAGCUUUUGGUUAUGAAUCAUUUCCUGGUACAUUUCUUGGUCUAAAAUCAGAAAAUUCUAUGUUAGAUUCUGAUAUCUUAGAUCUUUUAGUUGCAUUCUAUAAUGACACAGUAGAAGGUUUUCAAUUUACCAAACCUGGACAAAUAUCAGGAAUUGAACAAAUAUCUGUAUUUCCCAAUCUCGCCACAUCAAAUCCUCAAGAAUUCUGA